AUGGCACUCAGGAUGUGGGCUUCUUCCACUGCCAAUGCACUCAAACUCUCUUCUGCCUCCAGACCCCAUCUCCAUCCUCCUUUUUCUUUCUCCAGAUGCUUAUCUACUGUCUUGGAUGGACUUAAGUACGCAGAAUCACACGAAUGGGUCAAGCAUGAAGGCUCAGUCGCCACCAUUGGUAUCACUGACCAUGCCCAGGACCAUCUUGGAGAGGUUGUGUAUGUGGAGCUGCCAGAAUCAGGUCGUGCAGUUUCCAAGAAUUCAGGCUUUGGAGCUGUUGAAAGUGUCAAAGCAACAAGUGAUAUAAACUCUCCAAUUUCAGGGGAGAUUGUUGAGGUUAACAAAAAGCUCACAGAAACGCCAGGCCUGGUCAACUCAAGCCCAUAUGAAGAUGGAUGGAUGAUCAAAGUAAAGCCAAGUGAUCCUUCUGAAUUAGAGUCCUUAUUGGGUCCAAAGGAAUACACAAAAUUUUGUGAGGAGGAAGAUGCUAGUCAUUGA